AGGACUGUCGUCCGUCUAUAAACUGCCAUACUAUCUUAAUCGCAGGGCAGGGGCUUCAAGUUUUAACAGAGAUACGGCCCUAUUAUCGACUCGAUUUCAAAGAUGGAAGUGCAAAAUCCUCAACACGGACAAGAUAUUGAAAUAAAUGUGGAUGUUGCUGAAGGCCAAAGGAGUUUUGGAGGGAGUAAGAUAUGUGGGGAAACAGCUUGUGGACUUUCUAGUGCUGGUACUAGCUCUAAAGAUGCUGAAGAAAGGUCGGCUUCGAUGCGCAAGCUUUUCAUUGCUGUGGCGCUUUGCAUCAUCUUCAUGAGUGUAGAAGUAGUGGGAGGCAUCAAAGCCAAUAGUCUAGCAAUAUUAACUGAUGCAGCACAUUUGCUGUCAGAUGUUGCAGCUUUUGCCAUCUCCUUGUUUUCAUUAUGGGCAGCCGGCUGGGAAGCCAAUCCCCGUCAGUCUUAUGGAUUUUUUAGGAUCGAGAUUCUUGGGGCCUUGGUCUCAAUCCAGAUGAUAUGGUUGCUCGCAGGAAUCUUAGUUUAUGAAGCCACUGUUAGACUCAUUAAUGACACAGGUGAGGUGCAAGGAUUUCUAAUGUUUGUUGUUGCUGCUUUCGGACUAGUGGUUAAUAUAAUCAUGGCUCUAUUAUUGGGACAUGAUCAUGGUCACGGCCAUGGUGAUCACAGUCAUGGAGUGAGCAUUACCACAAACCAUCAUCACGAGGGACACUCCACAGUAGAGCACCACCACCAUCAUCCUGAGGAGCACUCCAAGACCAAGCACCGUCAUCAUCACGGAGAGACGGAACACACCGAUCAUGAGGGGCACCGCCAUGUUCACAAAGAACAAUCGGAGCCUCUGCUUGAUAAGCCGAAGAAGAAGAAACGAAUGAACAUAAAUGUCCAGGGAGCCUAUCUUCAUGUACUGGGGGAUUCCAUCCAAAGUAUCGGAGUAAUGAUUGGAGGAGAAUUCAUAUGGUUUAAGCCGGAAUUGAAAAUAGUUGAUCUGAUCUGCACACUAAUAUUUUCAGUACUUGUUUUGGGGACUACCAUAAGAAUGUUGCACAGCAUACUCGAAGUACUGAUGGAGAGUACACCUCGGGAGAUAGACGCAACAAGGCUGGAAAGAGGGCUGUUGGAAAUGGGGGAUGUGGUGGCCGUUCACGAGCUGCACAUAUGGGCCAUUACUGUGGGGAAGGUCAUGUUGGCUUGCCAUGUCAAAAUCAGACCAGAAGCCGAUGCAGACAUGGUCUUGGACAACGUAAUCGAAUAUAUAAGAAGGGAGUAUAAUAUCAGUCAUGUUACCAUUCAGAUUGAGCGUUAAAUGAAAGAGAAGAAUAUGGAGCAUGCGUCGACCUCCUUAUUCUAUAUAUGUAGUUGCCAUAAAGAUUAGCUAGUGAUUAUCUGCCUACUGGUCCGUAUCCACUAUCUAGUCAGUGUAUAUUAUGAAAUCAUCGUUUGUUGAAUCAUUUGUUUGAGACCAUUUCAUGCUCGAUUACUUGAUCUUGAAGCAAAAGAAAAACCUUCAAU